GACAAGGCAAAAUGGCAGGCUGAACAACCCACUACUACUGUUCGCCUCCUGGAACCAGUAGGUGCCCAGCCGACAGACAAGUUCGUCCUGCUUGGACGACUGAACUGGCAUCCGAGACAUAACGUCUUUACGGUUGGCCGUCUGGAUGAGGAGGAGCCUGGCGACGCCAUGCCCUUCUUUUUCGCCUCCACCGCCGUAGACUCUGUCGGUGAAGACGAAAACUGGUGUCCCGGACGAAGCCUGGUUAUCUGCACUGGACCGCACCCAAAUUACCUGACCGUCGCAGCUUACUUGUGCACUAUGCAAGUUAACUUGAUUGCUGUGCUCGAGGUUGUGCGUGCAAAAGUAAUGACAUUCUUCGAAAGAUUCCUCGUUAUUCAGGGGCUCUUUGUCCUCCCAAGCGCAGAUACUACACGUAUUAACCCAGAAGAAUCUUCCGCACUCGUUGAGGACUCGCAGCUCUUGUCUGAACACCUUAACAUCUUCGUACGUUAUGUUGGAGGAACCUCCUCUCCUAGCGUUUUCACCCUCAGGUACGAUAUCGCUGCUUCUAGUGAGGAAGCCAACUCCACAACCUCUCUCGGUUCAAUUACCGUCUGCGGUGAGGUCGCUCGACGCGCCUACUGCAGUGGGAUCUUUCAGGUCGGCUCUACCUUGUUGCUGGAAUUAUCGGACUCUCCCAGGGACGCUACGAAACCCACUCAACUGAUCUCGGUCACCCGCGUUGCACAACCCUUCGAGCGGAGAUUGAGCAAGUGUCGUCAUCUGGUUGGUCUUUUUCGCUACAAGGUUUUGAGUAUCACUGAAGCCUCCCGGUUGCUGCAUUCCUUGUCAAGUAGUUCGUGUUACCUCAGUCCGUCGGGUGGUCACUUUAGGAUCAGCUUACAGGCUCGAGCUUACUGGAGCCGCAGUGACUGCUGUUGGCGCCUCAUCAUACCCCUACACCCCAAUCGAUUCCAGGUGGACGCGGCUCCCUCCUUUAUCGCCUCCUUUUCCUUCACGAGUGGUGAUGGUGAUGUUGGUCUAACGCUGGAAUCAACGAUGGCGGCGGCGGGGGAAGAGAAGGAGACAGUGUGUGCGGCGGACCCCUGUCCCCAGUGUUCCCUCAAAGUGGCGCCGGCGACGCAGGAGGCUAGUCAGUGCCGGUCGGUAGUUCUCGGUCCUGACGUCUCCGCAUCCUCUUCUUCAACUUCCACCGGUUUAUCCCUCCUAGCCUUCUGCAAAUCAAAUGCCUCUGGACAGGAGGCCAAGAGCUAUUUUGUCCGUGUGCUCAGGUGUUGGAAACUUCGGAUUGCCUUCUCGAGGGCACAGGGUAAGUAUGGCGGUGGAUGA